UUUUGUUUCCCCAUUCUAUUCGGGCAUUCUACAAGAUAACUUUGAAAAAUAGUGUAACUAAUAACUAUUUACUAUUUAGUAUUUAGUAUUUACUAAAUACAAAUUCGGUUUCAUUUCACAGUUUCACACGUUAUUAAUAAUUAUUUCAAUCAACAGUCAACACUCAUUAUUUAAUAAUAUUUAUCUUGACUAUUGACUGCAAUUAUUUUCAAAUAACCUGAAAUCAUGUUCGUUUGUAAACUAAAUCCGAUGCGUUUCACAACUAUUGCAAAGCAUCAAAGACUCUUAUCGAGAGAACCAUCUAUCCUGUCAUCAAUUGCAUUGGCGAGGUUUAAAAGUAGUAAUCCAUUCAACACUGGAAUUCUAUUUGUUCCACAACAAGAGGCAUGGAUUGUUGAAAGAAUGGGUAAAUUUAAUCGAAUUUUAGAGCCAGGUUUAAACUUUUUGAUACCUUUCUUAGAUCGCAUUGGUUAUGUUCAGAGUUUAAAGGAAUUAGCCAUUGAUAUUCCCAAACAAACUGCUGUAACUUUAGAUAAUGUAACACUUAAUAUUGAUGGUGUAUUAUAUUUAAGAGUCAAUGAUCCUUAUUUAGCAAGUUAUGGAGUUGAAGAUCCAGAGUUUGCAAUUACUCAAUUGGCUCAAACCACAAUGAGGUCAGAAUUAGGAAAAAUAUCUUUAGACAAAGUUUUUCGAGAACGAGAAAAUUUAAACUUUGCAAUUGUUGAAAGCCUUAAUAAAGCAAGUGCAUCAUGGGGACUAGUAUGUUUCCGUUAUGAAAUUCGUGAUAUAAAGCUUCCUAAUAGAGUACAAGAAGCUAUGCAGAUGCAAGUGGAAGCUGAGAGGAAAAAACGUGCAGCUAUUCUAGAUUCUGAAGGUAUUCGUGAAGCUGACAUAAAUGUAGCUGAGGGAAAAAGACAAUCAACAAUUUUAGCUUCAGAGGCUGACCAACAAGAGCAAAUUAAUAGAGCGCAGGGAGAAGCCAAUGCUUUAUUAGCAGUAGCUGAAGCGAAAGCCAAAGGAAUACGAUUGAUAGCUGAUGCUCUUAAACAAACAGAUGGUUAUAAUGCUGCAUCUCUUAAAGUAGCUGAAUCAUACGUAGAAGCUUUUGGAAAAUUAGCUAAAUCUACAAAUACAGUUAUUAUCCCUAGUAACACUUCAGAUGUUUCAUCAAUGGUGACACAGGCCAUGUCCAUUUACAAAACGCUGACAAGUAAAUCUAAACAGUCGAGAAGAUUGAGCGAGGAAGACAAAUAAUCCAUUGUCAAUGAACUGAAUGCACGUUAAAUUAAAAUAUAAUUUUAUUUCAUCAUAUGAAAAUUGAGAGGUUAAAACGGUGGUUACUAAAACUCAUUAUUUUUAAGUUUUUAUUAAUUAUUAAACCUCAUUAACUAUAUAUUAUAAACAUGUGUUUUUUACAAAAAUAUUUUUAAAUCUUAUUUCAUUAAUUUAAAAACUGUAAAAGGUCAUAAGAGCUACAGUUUCAUUUUCAUGGUAUCUAUGAAUCUAGAUGAAAUAAUGAAAUAAUAAACUGCAGUGUAACUUCUACCUACGUGUAUUAUAAUACAGAACUUGUUGAAACCUUUCAUUUUUGGGAUUUUUUUUUUUAUAUUAUCUUAUGGAUCUUUUUUAGUGUUCAAAAAUAUAAUUAUUUGAUAAGUAUUUACCUAUAUAUGCUAUUUAAUAUAUAUAUAUUUAUUGUUAUUGAUUGAAUGGGCUAUAGUUAUACCACCAAUAUAGUAAAUUGGUAUUAAGUAAGAA